UGAUUUAACAAAGAGUUUUUUUCCUUUCUUUUUCUUCCUCCUCGGACAGAAAACAAAAGCUAGGGUUUACGGAAGGGCUUGAUUUUGGAGAAUUAUCAGUCAUGGAUGGUGUUCUAGCUAGUGCUUCAGAGAUAACUGAUCAGAGACAAAAGAUUGAACAGUAUAAGCAAAUUCUAUCAACAGUUCUAUCAUCUAAUGACGUUGUACAAGCUAAUAAGUUCAUAGAUCACAUGGUGUCGGAUGCUGUUCCAUUAGUGGUAUCGAGACAGUUAUUACAAACGUUCGCUCAAGAUUUGGGGCGGUUUGAACCUGAAGCUCAAAAAGAGAUUGCUCUUAAUUUUCUUACUCAGAUUCAAUCUCGUUCUGUCUCUUUUGAAGAACAGGUUUUGAUUAUUAGAGAGAAACUUGCUGAGUUGUAUGAAGCUGAGCAGGAAUGGUCAAAGGCAGCACGUAUGCUCAGUGGAAUUGACUUGGACUCGAGUAUCAGAUUGCUUGAUGAAUCUUACAAGCUGUCCAAGUGUGUCAAAAUUGCUAGCCUAUACCUUGAGGAUGAUGAUGCCGUAAAUGCAGAAACGUUUACUAAUAAAGCUUCUUUCCUGGUUAACAAUAGUAAACAAGAAGUUCUUGUCUUACAGUAUAAGGUUUGUGCUGCAAGAAUAUUGGAUUUGAAAAGGAAGUUCUUGGAUGCUGCGUUAAAAUAUUACGAAAUUUCCCAAAUAGAGAAGCGACAAAUCGGAGAUGAGUGGAUUGAUGAGGAAGCUCUAGAGCAAGCCCUAACAGCUGCUGUGACAUGUACAAUUCUGGCUCCUGCUGGCCCCCAACGCUCUCGAGUUCUUGCCAAUUUUUAUAAGGAUGAACGCUGCUCAAAGUUGAAGAUUUAUCCAAUAUUGGAAAAGGUUUAUCUGGAGAGAAUCUUGAGAAAACCUGAAAUUGAUUCAUUUGCUGAAGACCUAAAAGAGCAUCAGAAAGCUCUUUUGCCCGAUAACUUUACUGUUCUGGAUCGAGCAAUGAUUGAGCAUAAUCUUCUGAGUGCAAGCAAGCUUUACACAAACAUAAGCUUUGAGGAAUUAGGGGCUUUGCUGGGAAUUGCUCCUCCAAAGGCUGAGAAGAUCGCUUCGAAAAUGAUUUACGAAGAUAGGAUGAAGGGAUCCAUUGAUCAGGUUGAGGCCUUCAUACAUUUUGAUGACGACAAAGAGGAACUUCAACAGUGGGAUCAGCAUAUUGUGGGCCUUUGUCAAUCACUUAAUGAUGUUCUAGACACCAUGUCAAAGAAAGGCUUGGCGAUUCCCGUCUAAACUACUGCAAUUUACUGCACUGUUAGGAAUAGACGGUGGAUACAGUUAAACAUAGACGGUGGAUACAGUUAAACAUGUUUCAAGUUCAGAUCGUCAGAUGGAUAUAUCGUGUAGUUAAAAAGAGAAAAUAGCAAAUUACUUUUUCUUGUAGAAAUGCUGGGUUUUGCCUUGACUCAUCUUUUGGGCUGAACAAGACUUCUUUUUUCACAAAGUUCAUUUUCAGAUUCCUGUACGUAACAAGAUGUUUAAUUUUAGCCAGAAGCUGAGUUGCCUGAAUGUGUGUUUUUUUCUUUUUUGUUGUUGUAUUCUUAAGUAAGAUUUUCUUCUGUUAUAUGCAUGAAGAGUUUUUUUA